AUGGGUGCUCCGUCCACCGUUUCUGCUGGCGUCGCCGCCCAAUCCAAGGCCCCGCUGCUGACAGUUUGCAUUUGCGGAGGCGGCAACGCUGCCCACGCAGCUGCAGCUUGGCUUGGUCAGGCCCACAAAAACAUUCGAGUGAAUGUGUUGACUCGCCAACCGGAAAAAUGGCAAAAGGAGAUCCGUAUGGAGACCAAGAUCUGCCGCUGGAGCCACCUGGGUUCGAUCUCCGGCAAGCUGAAUGCGGUGUCUGCCGAUCCAGCAGAAGUUGUGCCCGAGGCUGAUGUGUGCUUGGUCUGUGCGCCUGCGAACGCCCACUUUCCACUUCUCGAGAAGAUCCGUGGUCACCUGAAAGCUGGCGGCAUCGUCGGAACUGUCUUCGGCCAAGGCGGCUUCGACUGGGCAAUGCUGAAGGCCUUCGAGCCUGAGGAGUGUCGCAAGAAACUGGGAGGCUACUUCGCCCUCCAGAACCUCCCAUGGCUUUGCCGUACCCUGAGCUACGGCUCUGUUGUCGAGCUCAUCGGACCCAAGGACUACCUCAACGCCACAGUUGUCCCUGGUUCCUUGGCGCAACCCGUGCGCCUGCUCAUUAGUCUUCUCUUCGACAUGCCUUGCCGCCUUCUGCCGAACUUUAUGUGCAUCACGCUCAGCCCGAGCAACCAAAUCAUUCACCCUGCGAGGUACUACUCGAUUUUCCACAAGUGGGACGGCAAGACGCCGAUGAAGGAAAGCGAAAUCCAGUGGGGUUUGUACAACGAAUUCGACGACCUCGCGGCCGAAUGGCUAGAGAAACUCAGCACGGAGCUCCAGGCCAUCAAGAAGGCGCUGACGAACAAAUUCCCCGAACUCGACCUCUCCAGCGUAUUGCCCAUCAAAGAGCGCGUUAUUCAGCAUUACGGAGACGAUGUCAAGGACACUUCCACUCUCCAGAAGGUUUUCGCGACCAACCGCGGCUAUGCAGGAUGCAAAACGCCAGCUACCCCCGUUGAAGGAGGCUUCAUUCCAGCAGUCAACGGCCGUUUGUUCAACGAGGAUGUUCCCUUCGGGCUGUGUGUGUUGAAGGACAUUGCGGAGCAGAUGGAUGUGCCUACACCGUCCAUCGACUUUAUGAUUGACUGGCACCAAAAACUCAUGGGGAAGGAAUUCUUGAAGGACGGGAAGUUGAACCCGGAGAUGAUCCCUCAGACCUCGGCUCCUCGCGCUUACGGGCUGAAUACACCUGAGGAGAUCGUUGCGCCCUCGCUCAUGGCGCAGAACAUCACUCUUCCUUUUGCUCACAUUGACAUGCUCGGUAGACUGCUCAACUAG